UCUUUCAUUUAUCUGUUCUUUAGAAAACCCAAAAUGUCGCUAAUUCCAAGCAUCUUUGGUGGUAGAAGAAGCAAUGUGUUCGACCCAUUCUCUCUGGACAUAUGUGAUCCAUUCUUGGACUUCCCUUCCUCCAUUUCUCGUCCUCAACUCACAAGCGAAACAACGGCUUUUGUCAACACCCGAAUCGAUUGGAAAGAGACACCUGAAGCUCAUAUCUUUAAGGCUGACCUUCCAGGGCUCAAGAAGGAAGAAGUGAAGGUGGAAGUUGAGGAAGGUAGGGUGUUGCAGAUCAGUGGCGAGAGGAACAAAGAAAAAGAACAGAAGAACGACAAGUGGCACCGGAUCGAGCGUAGCAGUGGCAAAUUUUUAAGGAGGUUUAGGUUACCUGAAAAUGCAAAGGUGGAUCAGGUGAAGGCAGCAAUGGAAAAUGGUGUGCUCACUGUGACUGUUCCUAAGGAGGAAGUGAAGAAGCCUGAGGUCAAGGCCAUUGAUAUCUCUGGCUGAGGACUUCAAACCUCU